AUUUCCUCGCGAACUUCACUUUCAGCAUCUUCAGUUUCCACAUCUCUCUCUCUCACUCCACUAGUUCUCACUCCAGACUGGCCAUGCCAUCUCUUCCUCCCUCGCUCGUCCUGUUUCUCCUCGCCGCCAUUGCCACGGUGGCUUCUCUCGCUUCCUGCUCCGUCAUCGUCAAGAACCUGCCCGGGUACUCCGGCGACCUCCCGUUCACGCUCGAAACCGGGUACGUGGGAGUAGGUGAGGACGAGGUAGUGCAGCUGUUUUACUACUUCGUGGAGUCGGAUAGGAGCCCUUCCCAAGACCCUCUUCUUCUCUGGAUCGACGGUGGCCCUGGCUGCUCCAGCCUGGCCGGCUUCUUCUUCCAAAAUGGUCCACUAAAUUUUCAGACAAGUGGUUACAAUGGUAGCUUACCCUCUCUCCAUCCCAAUCCAUAUUCAUGGACCCAGGGCAUGAACAUCAUAUUCUUGGACGCACCUGUGGGGACGGGGUUCUCUUACUCGACCACCACCGACGGCUACAACGUGGAUGACUACUCUUUUGUGGCGCACAGCUAUGAAUUCUUGCAAAAGUGGUUUGUAAAUCAUACGCAAUUUUUGGAGAACCAGUUCUACAUCGGUGGCUCCUCUUAUUCCGGAAUGGCUGUUCCUAUGCUCGUUGAAACGAUAGUGGACGGAAAUGAAGCUGGGAACGAGCCAACGAUCAACGUGAAGGGUUUCCUGAUGAGCAACCCCGUGACGGAUGCAUUCAUAGACGAUAACUCAAGAAUUGAGUAUGGCAAUCGAAUGGCGCUCAUUUCAGACCAGCUUUACGAGGCGGCCAAAACAAACUGCGAUGGCGACUAUGUGAAUGUUGGCGAUGAUAAUCUUCAAUGCGUCGUUGAUCUGAAUGCCAUCAACGAGCUCACCUCCAAAGUCCUGACGGUCCACAUUCUGGAGCCGGAUUGCAGCAACGCCCUGCCCGAUCCACAAGAUGACGCUUCCGUUCGAAGAUAUCUCCAGGAAAACGCCACGGCCGCAUCCACGGACGACCCCCUCAAAGGUCCUGCGCUCUGGUGCCGUAACUACAACCACAUGGUCUGCUAUAUCUGGGCGAACCUUAAAAGCGUCCAAGAAGCACUUCAAGUCCGACCGGGGACCAAGACCUACUGGCCAUACUGCAACAGCACGUUAGCUUACACCAAGGUCAUCAGCAGCGUCGUUGAUUAUCACAAGAACCUCACCAAAGGAAACAUACGGGGUCUCAUCUUCAGUGGGGAUCAUGAUAUGUCAAUUCCGCACAUCGGUACUCAAGCGUGGAUAAACGCUCUGAAUCUGACUUUAGAUGAGAGCUGGAGAGUGUGGUCUGUGGAUGGCCAGACCGCAGGGUAUGCCAAGAAGUACAUUAAGGAUGAUUAUAGCUUGACGUUUGUCACAGUCAAGGGAGCAGGACAUUUCGCAGCAGAAUACAAGGUCAAGGAGUGUUUUCAACUGGUGGAUAGAUGGAUGGCUUACUACCCCGUGUAAAAGUAAUGUUAAGCUAAGGAGACACUUUUUGUUCAACAGCAUUAGUGAUCACGCUUUUCUCAUGGACCAUGUUCUAACAGGAUGAAUGUAGCUCCUUUCAUCUAUUAAAGGAGCAAUUGUUGGGAUUGAUUUUUGGUUUCUUUGCCGCAACAUGAGGCUAAGUAAGCUGAAGAAAUGGAGCACAUAACAUAUGCAGCACUUGAAAAAGAAAGUUCCAUGCUACAGUAAAAAACCAUUUCUGGCA